AUGCAGCACACCACGUGCACAGAGGACAGGAUCUACCAUGCACUGGAGAGAUGUCUACAUGGGCUUAGCAGAGAUGCUGUCUCCAGCAGAUGGGCUGCUGGGCUGUGCCUGAACUGCUGGAGCCUGCAGGAGCUGGUGAGCCGAGAUGCCGACAACUACCUCAUCCUUGUAGAGAAGAUCCUUGGCAAGGCCAAAGAGGUGCAGGAGAAGUGUGACUACGAUCUCGUAACGCCCCUGGCUCUGCUCUUCUACUAUGCUGUCCUGUAUGCUCCCCACUUCCCGCCGGGCUCGGACCUGCUCCUGAAGGCCACCAGUGUGUACCACAGCUUCCUGACCUGGCCCGUGCCCUACUGCGACAUCUUCCGCGAGCUGCUCACCUUCAUCAGUGAUGAGCUCAGGGCCCCCGGGAUCUCCUUCCAGAGGCUGGUGAGGACAGAGCAGGGGCUGCCUGUGAAGAACUACCAGAGCUCCACUGUGACGGUGCUGCUGCUCAACCGCUCCGAGGUACAGAGCGAGUUCCUCUCCAUCGCCGAGAAGCUGAGCACCAGCGAGCACUCGCAGCGUGCCACCCUCAUCCUGCUCCUGGAGCACCUCUACCAGGCCAACUUCGGCACCCGCUGCGACCUGGACAGCCUGCACCACCUCCUGAAGUCCAAGACGCUGGAAGAGCUCUCGGAGAUCUAUGCCAGCGCCACUGACGCACAGGAGAUGGCAGCCACCAGCAGUGACCCUGUCCCAGCCCGGGAGCAGCUGCAGUCCGUGCUGCGGGACAUCGCGGGGGCCGCGUCCUUUCCUGCCAUUGCAGGCGAGGCUCAGCCCCACAAGCUCCACACCAUCCCCAUCCCCGCCGCGCGCUGCUACACUUACAGCUGGGAUCAGGAUAACUUUGAUAUCCUCAAUGAUGUCCUCAGCAAAGAGUGCAGCGUUGUUGAGCCCGUGGCCUUGGACAACGAGGAGGAGGAUGAAGAGGAGGAGGAGGAAGAGGUGGAAACUGAUGGCUGUUUCCCCCAGCAGGACUCGCUACUUCCCCCCAUUUGUGCCAUUUCCAAAGACUCUGUGUACUCAACGCUGUCGGAGGAGGGAUCUAAGCCCUCACGAGUGUCUCUCUUCACCACCUCCAAGGACUCCAUCUCGGAGCUGACCAUGGUCUCCAGAAAGUCCCUGAAGUCAUUUGUCUCCAGCCUGAGGGACUGCAUGGACAGUGGGUAUGCAGAGGACAGCGACGAGAGCUCCCUGGACAUGGUGGGGAGGCCAGAGCUGAAGGUGGAGAAGACCCAUCACAAAUACAGACACACACUGACCAACAGGAUCUACAAACUGUUCAAGAGCAAAAGCCAGCUGGUCUUGAGGAGGGACCUGAAGGACUGUCCGGACACAGGCUCGCUCUCGCUGCCCUUGCGCCGGGCCGAGAGCCUGUGCACCCCCCAGGCCAAGCACCGCGUCCCGGCGCGCUCCCGGCGCGCUCACUCGCUGCCGCAGCAC